AAUUUCAAUUUCUUAAGUCAUAGACUUCAUUGUGAGGUCGUAUAUAUUCAUGUUUAGUGUGUUUUUUUUAGUGAUUUUGUGAAUCAGCAGUGUGACAAACAAACAAACAAACAAAAAAAGAAAAUUUUAAUUAUUUUAUAAAAUGAAAUUGACCAAUUCGAUUAGCGCUGGUAUUGCACGAAUGGAAUCCAAAUUGAUGGGUGUAUCAACAACAUCGAACGAAAUGGAAACGGGUAGUAUGAGUGGUACCGAAUUGAUUGGAACAUCGCGACAACAAUAUGAACCGACCGCAAUGUUGGUUGCCCGAUUAAUUGCACGAACUAUGUUGUUCAUGACGGUCAUUAUCGGAUCGUUUAUUUUGGUUUCUGUUUAUAUUCAGUCCAAAUCAUUACAAUGUACUGAAUUUACUACGGCAGAAGCAAGCCAUGGUGGUCCUUAUUUUGAACCGAUGAUGGCUACAUCCGAACCAGAUGAUGAAUAUUCAUCAGGACAACGUCAUAUUCCACUUAGUCUACGAAUGAGUGGCCGAGCAGGUGAAAUGAUUAAUGCAAUGGGUGAUGAUGAAAAAGGUCAUGUAAAUUGUGUGAUUGAACGUAAAACAGCUAAUCAGAUAAUCGCAUCGGAACCGAAAAAGUUGAUGACACCGUUUGGCAAUAUUACCACCGAUCCACGACUUGUACAUUUGACUGGUGAAAAAUUGAUAUUCUCAUGCCAUAGUGGUGAUGAUGAUCAACAACAACAACAGCCAAAAUUAUCAAAAGAAGGAAAUCCGAUUAUUCAAUCCUCAUUUUCAUCUAUGUCUGAUUCUAAUGAUGAUCAAUCUGAACCGAAACCGGUUCGUCAAUUGAUUAUUAUUAGUGGUCCAAGUCGUCCGAUGGAUAAAAAUGAUGAUGAUGAUGGUAAAGAUCCAGCACCGAAAUCCAUUGAAAAUAAUGCUGGUAAAGGCAAUGGACCAUCACCGAUAAAUAGCUUAGGUAGAAAUAAACGACAGGCUCCAAUACCGUUUGAAAAUAUCAACAAUAAGAAAAAAGAAUGCGCUUGUAAAUGUGCUUGUUAAUGAUGAAAUUCAAACACCAACACUGGCAGGCAGACAUACGUUUCGUAAUUCAAGAUUUACGAAACAGAAACCGUUUGACGAAUUUUAUUUGAAUCAUUAAAAAUAAAUAAAUAAAGGAAAAUUUGCACCCAGAUCCAAGGACAUUCAACAACAACAUCAACAACAACUAUUAUCAUCACCAACGAUUACGACGACCACCACUACCAAGAACACAAUUCAUAUCACAACAAUGUUUUUUUUUUCUUCGUGUUUUAAAUUUCAUUAUUAUCACAUCCUAUUUAUGAAAUAUUUGAAAAAAAGUGACAAUCAUUUGACAAACUCUCUAAUAUGGACACAGCAUAGAAAAGAUUGUUUGAUUGCUGAAAUUCAAAUAAAAAAAUAAACAUUAAAUGUGAAAAUAAAAAUGUUUGAUAAAUUCCUUAA